AUGUGGGAGUCUGGGAACGGGGUCGCCAACGUCCCGUUUUGUUCUCAGUACGCCCCACUUUGCGGACAUCCGGUCCGGGUCCUCGUUACGACUAACCAACCCUCCACCUUAAGGACCCAUUACCCUUUCUUCUUCCAGUCAUUAUCGAGUGGUCGCGUCUUCGUCAACGCCUUCUGCUUUAACUCGCAUGCUUUUCCAGAUUCUGCCGCUGUUUGGCAUCACAGCAGUGGCGAUAUAUCUCAGUGUCUUGGUUCUACCUGGCUGGAAAGCAGUUCACCACAUCUGGAGUGCAGAAACGGCAUGUGGGAAGGUGGAGUAGGAGGUUUAUCCUCGACUUUUGACGCGCCGCAGGUAGGUGCGCAAUACGCCAGCUACCCUACACCCAGAAGGAAUUCUUGUCUAAGGAGGUUAGAGGCGGAGAAGGAGGAGGAGGAGGAGGAGGAGGAGGCGAUGGUUCACUGA